CCUCUACCCUCCGAUUACGCGAGCGUAAACGUAAAUAUUACCUUUAAACUCAUCUCAUAAAUAAAACCAAUUGUAAUUUCGAUUGAAUCAACUGCAAUUCAGAAUUACAACUGUAAUUCUAAAUUUAAUUUUGCGAAAAAGUGUAAAGUAAACAUUGUGUGUGUGCUCUUCAGUAUCGCAGUCGUGUAGCGAUAGUAAUUGAAGUUCAAUUGAUUGAAUAAAAUUAAUUGAAUUUAAUUGAAAAUGUGGUGGAUCCUGCGUCGGGCGCGCCUCACCGGGGCAUCGCUGUUCAGCCAGGCUUCGGGGACGACCAACAAUAAUAAUGCCAAAACAGAGUCGCGCCCACCCCGAAAGAACUACAAUCAACUGUCAUCGAACGAGAAACUCGAUAACAGGCAGACAGAAGAUAAUAUUCACAUCGAAGAAGCGGAGGCGGAAUCGGACGCGAGUAGCACAGACUUAGAUGAACGCGACACACGCGGCGUCUGCCCUCCUUGUGCGCAUGACCGAUAUAACAACAACAUACGGCGGCAUGCCCACGAUGACUUCAGUGACGAUACAGACUAUGAAGAGGCCCUGACCUGUAAUGUGUGUGACCGCUCGUUUCCCACUCGACGCCAGCUGGCCGACCACCAACAGAAGAAACGGCACUUCGGUUGCAGUGCUUGCGACAGCUUAUUCCCGUCUUUGAUGGCACUCGAGCACCACAAGGAAGAGUUCGAGCACUGGAGUGACUCCUGGUGCUCGCAUUCAGAGUCAGACGAGAGCGAGGCGGAGUGUGUGGAGGACCGCCAUCGACUACUCUAAUGCCACCAUCUCAUUAUUGCCGGAGACCGCCCCUCCAAGCUGGGCACCUUCGUCUGACCGCCCAGACGGUGGGAUUUAAAUAGUGUCUCAUUCUCAUUUUUUUAACAGUAGAUUAUUAAUGUGAAUUCCUGGCAUUAAGCUAAUUUAACAUUCCCCCUUUUUGUAAAGAACCUAAACUGAAGGAUAAAUUAGCAAAUUCCAAACCAAUUAAAAAAUAAAUUUAACUUUUUAAAAGAAGGAAUUCUAAAAUUGUAAGUGGCGGGAAUAAUUUUUAUUUAGUUAAAAUUAUCUUUCUCUUCUUAUCUUUAAUCAUUUUGUAUUGUUUUAAAUAAUUUCCAAAUGAGACACUAUUUGAACAGCUUGUAGUUGGUUUUAAUCACGAGAAAAUACGUCGAGAAGAUUGUCAUUUAUUUUAUAUAAAGAAUGGUGUGAUAAUGGGUAUGGGCAACAAGCAAUAACUAAAAAAAUAACUGGAGAUAUUUGAAGAUAAAUUAUCACAAUAAACAAUAUUUAGGCACGUAUUGAUGUUAAUUGAUAUGUAAACAUGCUGAUUUGACGAAAACCUACAAUCAGUAAGGCCUAUUUCAACCGUAUGUAUUUUAAUCCUAUUUGAAUAUUUGCUAAAUAUGUAUUACCUCCUCAACCCAUGUUACAUUGCUUGUUUUGUAUUUAACCGAUUCUGUGGUGUAAUACGUAGUGUAGAACAUAUCAAGAACGUAUAAUUUACAACCUUUCGGAUCUGUGUAACUUGUAGCUGAAAGCAUAUCUACUUUGUAAAUACUUGUACUUCGUGAUAUCCCGGCAAUAAUGCAUAUCACAAGCAGUUAUAAUGACUGAUAUUAGUGUUAGCUGUUGUAAAUAAUUGUAUAAUUGUCACGUCUAGAAUUUUAAAAAUUCUCACAAAUAAAUGUGACCCGAGCCUUCCCUCAGACUCCCCGAGUUCCACAGGGAUCUUCCAACCUUUAUAGUAUUACUAAUUUUAAAUCGAAUUCAUUGUAAACAUUUCACUAGUCAUACUAUUUUUAUAAAGCUGUAUGUAUCGUGAUGUAGCGCGGAGCGCGCGACUCGGUCGAGGGCCGGUCGAACCGCGUGCUCCACAGGUAUUUGUUCAAAUAAAAAUACUAUUGAAAAUAUGUA